AAUAGACUAAGUCAGUGAAUCGCUGUAGUCUAUAAUACGAAGUCUAAACUAGACCUUCUUAGAUCUAGAUCAGUAGAUGUGAAUCUAAAAGUGUUUUUAUUAUUCAUCUUAUGGCAUGAACCUAAUUUUACAAGAUUUGAAUGUCUCUGAAGGGCAUAAUACAGACAUGGCACCAGGCCUGCUGUCAUUUUGACAAAUUGCAGCUCCCUGAAGCUUUGCUCAAGUUUCAAGCCAUAGACAGUCCAACAGCUAAGAUUCUCCACAACAUUGGCUGCAUACACAUGCUUCAGAAGAGCUAUGCAGAGGCAGUGAAGAGUUUUCAAGAGAGCACAGAGAAGGACCACCAUUUGGCGCUGUCCUAUUUUACCAUGGGAUUGUGUUAUCAUCAUUCACAAAGAUAUGCUGAGGCGGCUGCCAGUUUUAAUGAAGCCAGGUCUCUCAUCAAAGGUACAGAAAUAAACUACAAACAAAUAGGAGCACCAGUCGUGCUCAGUUCAAAACUAGUUGACGAGUGUUUGCAUGUGUCCAAGGAAUCACAGUCGAAGAAGAAACACUGCCAACUUCCCAUUGUUGCUAUCUCUGAUUGCCUCUUUAGACCUCCAAGAAGUAUGGUAGACAACCUUGUCAAACAGGACUUCUUGGGCAAGGCAAAGAUUGUUGCAUCAACUGAUUCUAAAGAUGCUAUUGGAGCUGCAACUCAGCAGUCUGCUGUGCAGCCUUCCAGUACCCAGUCUAUGUCUCAUUCAUCACCUGGUUUAAUAAAGAAGGAUAUUACAAAUAUACCUCGUCCACCCAGUCGGCCACCUCCUCGUUACCCGCAUCAUAAGGGUGAUUCCACAAAGAGCAUCAGAGCAACAGAUCAAAGAAAAGAAGACUUGAAUCAAAGCCACUUAAACAAAACACAUUAUCAAACACCUUCUGAAAGUCACAAUGUGGACCUGGGCAAAGUUGUUCCUGUGCCCUACUUAGUGACAAGGUUUCAGACAACCCCUGACGGUUCAGUCGACACAGCUUUUCCAGCCUAUUCAGUUCCUAACAGGCCAAUCCCUGACACACCCACUGAUAUAAAGAUCCAGAAAAACUUUCUGGCCUCGCCAUACCUUGUGACUGAUCUUUCAAAGUUUCUCUCACCCUCUGGACAGUUGGAGACUAGAGUUACAUUGGAGCGGAGUAGCUCCGCUGUUUCUGGACAGCCUAGAUCCAGACUAGUAGAAAAAGGAACAGUUAGUUCAUAUCAGCAGCCUGUCAAGAAACCAACUCGACCACCACCUCCGCGGACAGGUUUUCAUUCCGAAUAGUAAUGUCUUUGUUUUUAAAUAUAUGAAUCAUCUUAUAGCAAAUUAUUGACAAUGCAAUAUGUAAUAUGUCUAGUACACAAUAGACUGAAUAACUAUGCAAUAACUAACUUUAUUUAUUAUUCAUUUAAACUUGCUGUCUCUAUCAGUACUGACCAUAUAAGAAACCGACUUGCUCAGAAGCUCACUUAUUGUGAAGAAACAAGUCCCUUUACGUUUAAAGUGCCUUUUAAUUGUGAAACAUUUCAACAAAACAUAUAUACACGGCAACGUUGUAGACAGAUACCCAACCUCACUCGUUGACUUCUUCUCUUCUUGUUUACACACACGUCACUUCCCGCAAGUCCUCUAACUCUCCCAUACCCAACACUUGACCAUGUGUUACGGUUGACCACACAGUAACCGUGUCACAACAGUCCUCACAGGGCAGAGAAAAAUUUUGAUCGUAUCAAAAUUUCAUGAACCCAAUAGUUUGGGUGUACAUUAAUAAUGUUUUACAUCGACAAGAAAAAACAAUGCCAUCUUCAAUUAUGAUACAACUAAUAAUGCCUAUGACAACAAAUAAAUCUUCAAUAAUUUGUUAUUGCAAGGGACAUUUCCAAUUGAACUAUCUCAGAAAGCUUUCCUGUUAUAUUAUACAACUUAUAUAAAAAAAAAACGCAUUUAGUUUUUUCCUAUGUAACGAUAGUAUUUUGAAUGCCAACAAGUUCAGGUGAAAAAUACACAAUUAGUUAAUACUUUAUGUUACAUCAAAACAUCUUCCAAAUUAAGGGAAUUGUUUACUUUGUGUUUCUUUCAUACCAAUUCCUAAAUGGACAUUUAUGACUACAAUCAAUGCAACAAACAUAAAAAAACUAAAUUGUAGUACAAAUUUCACAUCUCUGAAUGAAAUAAAAAAAAAUUCUGGAGCGUACUGUUAAUUCAAUCUUGACAAGACAGAAUUUAAAGUUGUCUUACAAGAUAUUUGUUAAUUUUCUCAUAAGCUGAUUAAUUAAUGAACCUAAGUCCAGCGGUCCCUAGACACAUCUUGUCAACAUGUCAGCAAUCACGUUGAUUUGUCCCGGAAUAGCUUGAACUGUAAAGCUGAAGUCUUGAAGUUUUAAAGCCCAUCUAGUAAUCCUCUGGUUGGCUAGCUUACUUGUAUUGAUAUAAGCUAGUGGGGCGUGAUCUGUUAGUAAGAUGAAUGAUUUCCCAAGCAAGUAACAGGAUAGUUUAGUUAUGCAGAACACAAUAGCUAGAGCUUCACGCUCUAUUGUGGAAUAUUUCUGUUCUGCUGCAUUCAGCUUUCUGCUAAUGUAGUAAACUGGUCGUAGCAUUGCAUCACAUUUCUGCAUUAAAGUGCCUCCCACUGCUGUGGAGGAUGCACCUGUUGCCAAGAAGAAAGGGUUUCUUACGUCUGGAAGCUGAAGUACUAUGUCGCCUGAGAAGACAUUUUUAAUGCUUUGCAGGCAUUCCUGUAGUCUGGAGCUCCAUGUGAUCUUGUUUGGCAUGCCUUUUUUUGUCAUUUCAAUUAGAGGUUGUGUAAUACUUGUGAAAUUUGCCAGGAACCGUCUAUAGUAAUUACAUAAACUUAAGAUGCUUCGGACUUGUCACUUUGUUGUAGGUAUUGUUAAGUUGAGUAUCCAUUUCAUUCAGGUUGUUCACUAGAUUAUGGAUUUUCAUAUCGCUAUUUUCUGUUUCUGUAUUUUCAUUUUCAUUGUUAUAAGGAACUUGUAUGUUAUCGUUUGUAUUUAGCACUUCUUCUGCUUUCUUCUGAGUUCUUGUAGUAACCAUGGAACAUUUCUGUGUGUAUUUUUCUUUCCACUUGUUUAAUUCUUCUACUGUGCAAGGUUUAGAGCCUUUGAUACAGCCAAUAAGGCCAAUGUUGUCAGGCUUAUUGUCUAUUACUAAAGCCUCAUGCCAACCACUGAUAAACGGUGUGUUGCUACGUGCUACCAGAUGUGUAGUUACUUGACCAGUGUCUUUGUAAUGUAAUGUCUUUGUUUUUGAAUAUAUGAAUCAUCUUAUAGCAAAUUAUUGACAAUGCAAUAUGUAAUAGAAGUCUCGUACACAAUAGACUGAAUAACUAUGCAAUAAUUAACUUUAUUUAUUAUUCAUUUAAACUUGCUGUCUCUAUCAGUACUGACCAUACAAGAAACCAACUUGCUUCGAAGCUCAUAUCAAAAUAAAAACAACAAAUGUCAACUAGUUUAUCACUGCUCCAAUACAACAAGUAUAUUUUCUAUCACAAAGUACACUCAAAACAAAAAUAGCAUUAAAUGUAAAAUGUCCAUACACAAUGUUUUAAACAUACAACUCCUUUUAAAUAUGUUUAAUUAUCUUCAACCUUUUUUUUUUUAUUGAGACUCAUUAUAUAAACUUUGAGUAGUUUACCAUUUUAACAUCACAUUUUCUCAUUUAAAAAGUUGAAACAUUAUCCUUCAUGAAAGAUAUCCAAUCAAUAUAAGCAAUAUGACUGUUCUUAAAAGUUCUUGUGCCUUGCAUGCUCUCCUUGCCUCAAUGUUGUCACGUGAACACCUGCUCUCCCUUCUAUUCAUUCAGUGGUUAGGCUUCAGGGUGGAAAAGUCUUACGAGUAAGCUGCCAUUAGACUUUAAAACUAAAAAUGUGAAUAAACGAUCACAGCAUCGCUCUGUUAGAAAGGGAGAAGUAACAUUGUCAUUUUGACCAAUUUGUUAUUUAAUUUUAUUUUUUCUCAAAGUGAUAUCUAUUCAUUGUUACAAGAUGACUUGAACUUGUUUACAAGCACUUACCAAGUUAUCGCUCAAGUGUCAAUCAAUUUGAAUUAUAAGUACUUGUACAUGUGAUGUAUACAGACUGUGCCCACCAUGUAGGCUUCAAAACUGUUUGCUCUGGUACCCUGACAAAAUAGUGUGGACAAAAUAGUGCCGAUAAAAUAGUGCAGAAAAAAUAUAUUUCAGUCAUUUUGAAAGAAAUACUUUAGAUAUCGUAAAAUAUGAAUAGAGCCAAAAUUUUUUUUUGUUUUAAUGUUAUAUUAAUUUUUCAGUCAUUUUGCAAGAAACACUUUAGAUAUCUUAAAACAUAAAUAUGCAAACAGUAAGCAAAAAUUAUAAUAAGUAAAAUGAAUAAUUUCAAAAUAUAUCAUUCAUUUAAAUUUUAAAAGUGUACUUUGAAAACAGGCAAAGAUACUUGUCAGAUUUAUAACACAAACUUUCACAAAGUUAAAUUGUAGGAAAUGUCACGUAGAAAUUCCAUCACUUGCUUGUUUCCGUACAUUGGCAAUAUAGCUGCAAGACGUCUGUUAAGUUGAAGGUCCUUUGUCUUGCUUGCAGCUUUACUUCGUUCUCCAGCAUUGUACCUCAGAAUCUUGUUCUCAAUGUUCUUCUGUUCUCUGAGAACAGUUAAAGUUAAAGCUUAGUUAUUAAAUAUUUUACGGAUAUCAAAUAUUUAGACUCCUUCAUAAAAUUCUUGCAGACAUUAAACAGUUUAUUGUGAACACAACUUUUCCUGAAAUCACUUGCUCGCUAAGAUAAACCUUAUCUUUUCUUGUUUCUGAAAUCCCUUGCUGACUGACCUAAGUGGAUGUCUGAAGUGUCUAUAAGUGUUUGAACGGCCUAUACAUCCUUAGUUCAUCAUGGGCAAUGUAUAGAAAAAUUGGAUUAGCAAAGAUUUAAUUAGUGUAUCAAGUCAUCUCCUUAAUAAAAAGAUAAUCAUUAGAGAGGUACUUUGCAACAUUGUGUUGAUGUCAUCAGAUGGUUGCAUCAACCAGAAAAUGAAUCAGUUGAUUAGUGGGGGAAGGGAAAAGUUUUCUUUAUUUCUCAGCCUUUUUCACUGAGCAUACCAAUUGGGCAUGUUUCUCGAUACUUGAAACAAUCUAGUAAAGGCUCCCAGUUCUUCGAAAGUCUUGAUAAACAUUUCUUUCUACUCAUCGCCUGGUGCUGACAUGCUUCCAAAGUUUGUAAUCUCAAGUAAAUUCUCAUUUUGUCUUAAGUUGCUUUGCCUAACGUAGCUUUUUUAAAUAAUAUAACUCACCACUUAAAGUUGGUCCAGACUGAAUGAAAAACUUGAUGCACCCUUCUCAGCUGCAAUGUGUAUUGAAUGGCAGACACACCCAGAUAAAAAGUAUUAGGGUUUGUUGUUUUUUUCAAUAUAAAUCCAUGAACUCUUUUUUUUUCCAGAAAUUACUGGGGCCUUGUCUGCAGCCAGGGAAAUACAAUGUUCCCAUGAUACUGAGUGAACUUUUAAUUCAUUAGGGCAAAAAUUGUCUCACCUGUUGCUGAUGUUUUACAUGCAGCCAUUGAUAGAAGGUCAGAUUUAAUAACUGAUGAAUUAGAAUGUAACACUCUAAUAACAAUAGGAAAUAGUUUAUUGCUUCCUAAAUCAUUGUUUCUAGAUCUAUUUGUGGAAAUAGCAAAUGAAAACAUCCACAUUCCUGCUGCAAAACUUGUUGUGCCUUUUGCAGCAGUCUCUUAACAUCAGUUCCUUUCAAUCUUCUACAUUUAAAUUUGUCUGCAACAUUAUUGUGUUUUAACAUUAAUUAAAACACUAUAGGAGAUUUGGCAAGACAUGAUAGCGGAAUAAUCAUUUCCACUGCUAGAUUUACUAGCAGUAUUUCAGACCAAAUUAACUUAAAUAGUGUGAAAACCUUAGAUUUAUUUGCAAAAAAAAAACAACUGUUGAUAGAUUUUGUCUCUUCAUAAAGAUUUGACAUGCCGUCACUGUCUUUAAACAAUAAUUAAAUGCCUUGGUCAA